AAUAUUCAUAAUUAGCAUAUUCUAAACUCAAUAUAAAAGUUGAUUACUGGUUGAAAAUACCAUCAUAUUAAUAUGGGAAAACCGAAGUGGAAUUUUAGAGACAUAUCAUUAGGCUUACAAAUAUUGCGGGAAUUUUUAUUAGGACGAAAACACAAUUUGCACGGACGCUUUCCGCCAAAAAUGGCACCUAGGACCAUACCAUCGCCGGACAUACCACGUGGACCGGACGACAAAUAUUCAAAUCAGUAUUAUUUCAAAAGAAAUGCAUUUAAUUCUGUGAAGCCUCCUGUCGUAGCACCAAUAGCGGAGGGCCCUUCAAUGAAUAGAGAUCCUACAAAGAAGGCCAUGCCUGGUGGCGUGAGACCAGAUGCGGUGUGUUUCAGCUAUUUGCCGAGCCCUGGCCCUGCGUGGUGGUGGGACGGGCAUUGUUACUACGAGUGUGUUCCAGAUCCACCUCCUAGCCCUCCGCCGCCGUGUCCGCCUUGUUCACCCCCUCCUGAACCCAAAGAUUGCGCUCCUCCACCGCCACCACCGCCACAACCUCCCUGCUCACCCUGACCCCUGCCAGCCGUCUAAUGAAC